AUGGAGGCGGCUGUCAAUGGGAAAGAGAAUCUGACACGUAUUACUGGAUCAAGAGCUCAUCAUCGGUUCAGCGGCCCACAAAUAAAGAAAGUGCUAGAAACAAAGACGGAAGCGUGGAACAAUUGUGAAAUUUCGUCGAUAAAAAAAUUGUUACAGAGAAUCUCCCUGAUUUCCUCCUUUGCCUGCUCGCUUUUCCUAGGUUCUAUAGCCCCUAUAGAAUACACAGACGGUAGUGGAAUGAACCUCAUGGAU